ACUACUCAAGUCUCCGACCCACAACACCGAAUGUCAGACUGUCUUUCUCUCUCGUAUCUUCACAAGCUUUGUCUCUCUUUAUCCUUCUUUGAUCGAAGAACCCUAAACCAUCUCAAAUUGCAUUUUUUAAAAUUUAAUUUCUCUUUCUGUUUAUCACAAUCCUAAUUCUCUCCAACUUCUCGAUUGUGCACCACAACCACUCUUCAUCAACGCAGCCACAAUGGUGUGAGUCACAGGAAACGGCGCAGUUUCUUCUCCGGUGUUAAGGUGUGUGCCGAGUUAGUUUUGAUCUGCCGGUGAGGGUUUUCUUACUCCGGCAGUGGGUGCAUAGCCGGCCGCGAGCGAUUCGAGAAAGAGAGCAAUCAUGGCGAAUUUGGAAUUGCGGAUGAACCCUCAAAUGGAGCAGAUCCAUGGGGAAAUCCGGGACAAUUUCCGAGCCCUCGCAAAUGGAUUUCAAAAGCUUGAUAAAAUCAAAGACUCUAAUAGACAGAGUAAACAGCUUGAGGAGCUUACUGGGCGGAUGAGGGAAUGUAAAAGGUUAAUCAAAGAGUUUGAUCGUGAAAUCAAAGAUGAGGAGAGUAAAAAUCCACCUGAGCUCAACAAGCAACUUAAUGAUGAGAAGCAAUCGAUGAUUAAAGAACUAAACUCAUAUGUUGCCUUGAGGAAAACGUAUAUGAGUACUCUUGGAAACAAGAAGCUUGAACUCUUUGAUAUGGGAGCAGGUGGUAGUGAACCAACUGCAGAUGAGAAUGUUCAACUGGCAUCAGAAAUGUCUAAUCAGGAGCUAAUUAAUGCGGGAAUGAAGAAAAUGGAUGAAACUGAUCAGGCCAUUGAACGCUCCAAACAGGUUGUUCACCAAACAAUUGAAGUAGGAACACAAACUGCUACUACCUUGAAGGGCCAAACUGAACAAAUGGGUCGCAUUGUUAAUGAGCUCGACACAAUCCAAUUCAGCAUCAAAAAAGCAACCCAGCUCGUGAAAGAGAUUGGUAGGCAGGUGGCUACUGAUAAAUGCAUAAUGUUUUUCCUUUUCCUCAUUGUCUGCGGUGUGAUUGCAAUAAUUGUCGUGAAGAUUGUGAAUCCCAACAACAAAGACAUAAGGGACAUCCCCGGUCUAGCCCCGCCAGCUCCCGCGAGGAGACUGUUAUACGUGAAGCCGGGCCAAGAUUUCGAGUAAUUCCAUUGGACAGAGAGAUUGGGGGGGAAGGGGCAUUUGUGUAAACUUUGCAGACAAUUUGUUGUAUCUCUAGUCAGCAGCUGUUUUUGUUUGUUUGUAUGGGUCCUUACACAUGAGUGUGCAUAUGGUUUGUGUAAAUCACACGUCUGAGUUGUCGUUUUACGUUAAAGCAUUUUGGCUUUUGCUUCGGAUGCCAGCUUACGCUUUGUUGACUACUGAGAGUGCAUAGUUAUAUUAUUGCGAAAAGAAAGAAGAAAAAAACAAUAUGUUCAUUUGUGCUGGCUAUAUAGUACAUUAAGCA